AUGCAUUGCCCAGAGCAGUAUAUCAAAGAUAAUGCUAUGCAAUAUAGAGCAGCCAAAGAUAUCUCAACUACAUAUAUUGAUAAAAUGGAAUGGAAAUCUCACGAAAUAGUUUUGGACAUAGGAUGUGGACCAGGCGAUAUAACCGCAGAUAUUCUUUAUCCUAUUUUGAAAAAUAAAAUCAAAUAUUUGGUCGGUGUUGAUAAAUCAAUAGAAAUGGUAGAAUAUGCUAAAAAGACCUAUGGAUGCGCUAAUAUGGAUUUCAAAGUUCUUGAUAUUGAAAAUGCCAAUGACUGCUCUUUUUAUUCACACGGAUUUAAUAAAAUAUUUUCAUUUUUUUGCCUUCAUUGGGUUCAUAAUAAAUUUGAUUCUUUCCUUAAUAUGCAAUUAAUGUUGAAAAGUGGUGGCGAAAUUUUGAUAAACUUUUUGUUAAUUAAUCCAAUAGUUGAAUUAUAUACAUUUAUGGAUGAAGAAUGGCAAAAAUAUAUUAAAGACAUAAAGCAGAUAUCGCAAGAUUCGUAUUCACAAGAUGAAUUGAAAGAAAUGUUAAUCAAGGCUGGAUUUCGAAUUAUUAAUUUAGAAUCAACUGUAAAAAAAUAUACAUUUCCGGACUUCUCAUCACUUUUGAAUACUAUCAAAGCAGUAGAUGUAAUGUACAGUAAUUUGCCACAGCAUUUACACGACAGAUAUUCCAUACAUGUUAAAGAUAUAAUAUGUGAGAGACAAAUGGUUGAAAUAUGUUCAAUUACUGGAAAAACAAUUGUUGCAUAUCAUCCUAUUACUGUGCAUGCUGUUAAAGAUUAA